UUGGAGGGAAACUUCACGCGCACCACCGCUAUUCCUGUACAAUUGUUGAAUUGUUGUGGGCCUUGUGGCAGCAUCCAACAGCGUGGACUGUUUCGAUUUCCUUUAUCGGAAGAAUAUGGUUGACUCCUAGGCGAUUCAAGCUUCUUAAUUGCGGGAAGAUACAACCACGCCACGGGUGGUGGGGGAAGCGAAGGCACGAUAAUCUUCAUACAUACCCCAUCUCCCUAUUUAAUAUUGGUUAAAUACUCACUUGGCGGGCUGAAGUUUUCGCUUAAAUUGGACAGGCUCAAUUCGACACCACCUGAGUUUGCGGGCUGCUAAUUUUGUUGGAAGGUAUUCCCGAAGCAAUCAAUCAAUCAUUGAGCAGUCCUGCUGGAAGCCAAGGCCUCAGUUAGCGCUGGCCCCCAUUGAAAUUGUGUUUGUCUGGCUAGUUGGCCGAGGUUUGUUGUACAGCUAACAAUCUCAACUUGCAGCCGGUUGAAAUAUAACACCCAAUAAUCAACCCCCCCCCCCAAUAAUAAUGACCAGGGUUUGGGCAAUUGUUCAUCCAGUGGGCCACACGCCACAGCCCUUGCCCUUGCCAUCUUCUGCAAAAUAUGUAUUUGCAACCCUAGCGCGAUCGACAACCAAUCUCGCCAACGAAUGGGAGCCGCCCAGAACCACACAAAAGGAAAGCCUCCCGUUACAAGCGCCUAAUCCAUAUGGCACUAGGAUGCCUAUGGGGCGGCUCAGUGAGCCCCAUGAAGAGAAAUUACUCUGCGUAUAUCCAAGCGUGGAGCCUCGUCAAAAUCGAUUUUCACUUUCUUUCAGAUAGAAACUUCCUGUCUUUCAUUCCCCACCUUUCUCCUGUAAAUUGAUAUUUCAGUAUCAUUAUGAGCCAGCGAAAUCCCGACUCAAAUUCCGGCCUCGAAACCAACUAUGCGGAGGGCAUGCCCGGCGGGAAUGCGGAGUAUGUGCCUACUACUCCCCAGGGCCCGGAAUCAAGAUACCUUCAGCCAAAAUGGGUAGCUGAGAAUGAACCCUUUCACGAAGUUCAUACAAAGCCGCCUUCGCCCUUUCGUUCUCGCCGAUUGCGGAUAAUAUUAGUCGCCGCUGUUGCACUCGUCUGUAUAGGAAUUGGGAUUGGUGUCGGCGUGGCCAUAUCGCGUGCAACCAAAACGGGAGACUCGGAGGGCGAUGCACCAGCAUCCACCAAAACAUCGUCGACAACGACUUCUCCCACUGCGACAACAGCCCCUAACCACCUGAACGUCCUCGCCGCUGUGCACGGCAAUGGCAUAGUGACGCCGGACGCAAAACAACUUGUCGAUGCAGAGGGCAAUAUUGCUUUCGACAGCCAUCCCUUCCCGUUUACAGAUAAUAUGUUCGGCUACAGGAAAUGCUUCUCCCUCCUCCACCAACUCGGUUCCAAUGGCGACGAGGAUAUGCGCAUAUUCCACGCCUGCGAAGGCACGGGAUUUUAUAAACUCGAAGCAGGCCCUAUCUCAAAAUCUAGGAACACAGAGCUAGUGCCAAAAUACGACGAUUUGGAGCAGGAUGGUUUUCGCAUUAUCAGCAUCAUAUGGGGCGCGGGCGAACUGAGGGAAAGAAGUGUGCACGAGAAAGUGUUCAAGGCGGGGAUGAACCGCGAGAUGGUCACAUUUACAAAUGAGUUUUUCGGGCAGACGUCCCAUCCAGGACCGGAUGGAGGAAUACCUCCUGGUGUGGUUUUUUAUAGAUCUGCACGGGAUCGGCCCAUACGGAUUCUCUACUCGUUGGAAAAUGGGACGAGGCCGUUUGAUUUUAGUUGAAAUUUGAUUUGAUUUUUUUAUUUUUUUAUUUAUUUUUAUUUAUUUUUUGGUUUUUCCCUUUAAAGGCAUGUAUGGCUUAGAAGCGGGCGGAGCUGGUCCGUUU